UGUUAGCUACUAGCUAGCUUGAAGCAGGCUCACCGCUGUCCGAGCUGUCAGCCACGUCACCUCCUCUGGAACAACUUUCCCCCCAGAGCUCUGCAGACUCACUUUAUGAGUGGAUUCAGCUAACAUUGUUAUCUGUUUAUCUUUCAUGCUUUUAGAUAAAGAGCCAACAAGCUACCGAGCAGAUCCUGACUUCACUGUGCAGCUGUUAGCUUAGCUUUUUUCCUUUUUAUCCACUGAACUCGCGGUUCUGAUUUCUGUGGCUUCACAUCUCUGCAGGAUAUUUUUAGGCCUUCAAAGAGUUGCAUUAAAGUUUUUCUUUUCUAUCGAAACGGAUAGCAAACAUGAAUAUCUUUCGUUUGGCCGGUGACGUGUCACAUCUGUUGGCUAUAAUUAUCCUGCUGCUGAAGAUAUGGAGAUCAAAGUCCUGUGCUGGAAUCUCUGGGAAGUCCCAGGUGCUGUUUGCCCUCGUCUUCACCACCAGGUACCUGGACCUGUUCACUGUCUUCAUCUCUCCUUACAACACCGUCAUGAAGGUGGUGUUCCUCGCUCUGUCCUAUGCCACUGUGUACCUGAUCUACAUGCGCCUGAGGAGCACGUACGACUCUGAUAACGACACGUUCCGCAUUGAGUUCCUGCUCGUGCCGGUCGUCGGACUUUCCUUCCUGGAAAACUACGCUUUCACCCCAAUGGAGGUUCUCCAAGAGGCUUGUGAAGGGAGUGGUACAGCAUUGGUUCAGGCAUUCUACCAGAGGACGUACGCCAGGAGAUCUCCAGCUUAG